AUGGCAAAGGAGUUCGUCUCUGAGCCAUCUUCGAUUGCCGGCCGUUUCGACCUGAGGAGGUCUCUGAGGGCUGCCAGGGCUCGUCCUUGGUUGGUCAACAGCGUCCUUUGUGGACGGUCAACGGCCGCUGGUGUCAAGGCCGGUGGGGAUGCCCCUUCAUCGUCCGCGGCCACCACUGUGACACUUGUCUCCGACCCUGCGCCAACCGCUACUGUGUCAAGUGAAUCGGAGAAGCAAUCGUCGGACAACACUGCCGCUGAGGCGAGAGCUGCGACUUCGGUCAAAGCCCAAGCCAAAGCAACGGUCAUGGGAUCUCUGAUUCCCGUGCCGGUUACACCGGCCCUUAAUGGCACGUCGUCUCGGCUUUGUGGAUCCACCACACCUGGCAAGGAAGGCGAUUUGGGAAAGGACAAGACAACCGCCACGUCUCCUACCGUCAAAGGGGAGACAGCCUCGGCGUUGCGGAUCCCGGUUCGCCUCAAGGCUUCGCUUGUCGGGCCCCGGCCUGCUCUUGAGCAGGUACGACUUGACAGCACCCUUGUUGCUUACGCUGGGAACCCGAUUGACAAAGAGGCCGGCAAAAAGAGAGAGACUGUGGGAUGUGGUGGUUUCCGCCAUUUUGUUCGACGACCAGAAGCGAUGUCGAUCCAGAGUUGCAUAAACCCGGAGCCAAUCAGGAGUCAUCGAUCGGACCGCCAGGUCAAGUCGAUCCUGAAGCACCGUGUUGAGCCCUCUGAGGAGACUGAGCGGACUACUUGUCCACCGACUUCGGCCGGCCAUGGAGUGAUAUCCGCUGACCCGGUUCAGAAGAAGAGUGUGACGUUUGCCCCGUCGCUGUUAAUCACACCGGCCCGUUGUUGGCCAAGGGACAUUGUUCCUGAGUGGCGUUGUCGCCAGUGUGAUAGCUGUGGGCAUUUGUCGUGGUGUCGUGAACUUGUGGGCGCGAAGUUAGGGUUGCAGGCUUCUGAUGUCUGGCUGAAAGAUCAACUGAUCCGAGGCUACGACUACUUGAAGCAUUCAGGAGGUUAUCUCAGCAAGCACGGUUCUCAUGCUCCCACGGAUCUAUGGAGUUUUUGA